AUGAACAAAUCGACAUUGCUCUCGUGCGAAAAAAAAUUAUGUGGCGCAUUGUUGCUUCCUCAAUGGAAUCAACAAGAUUGCCCCUACAAAUAUAAUGAAAUAAUGAGAGGCCUCCUCUCUCUGCGUAUUCUGCUUGCAUCCAUCGGAUGCUCAAAUUUGGUCGUGCCGGAAGGAGCUACAGUGUCACGUGAUGAAAACAACGACGAUGACGUCACAAUCACGUGCCAGGUCAGCAUGGAAAGGUGGCACGUGCGAUGUCAAAAUGGAGAGUGGGUUGGAGAUAAGGAGAAUAACUGCUCUUCUAAAGGAUUCGGAGCGAUAAAAAUUGAUGACGAGCACCGUCAAACGUUGCGUCACCUCCAAGGCUGUUGCAGCAAGUUACGCGAAGAACUGCGAGAAUAUAUUGGAACUGCCGUGCAUAUGAGCAUGCAAACAUCCUGUCCAGGAAAGUCAGAACGUGGUGACGGCACGUCUGAAAGUUCAAAGAUGAAUCUUCAUCAUACUCCAAGUACCCACAGUCUACGGCACAGUCUUUUGAAGAUCUCAAACAAGGUGUGUUUUUGGCAAUUUCCGUGGGAGUGUUGUUAG